AUGGGCCUCCCUGUUAUUGGGGAGGCUCUUCACUUAAUCAUCCCGAGUUACUCUCUGGAUUUGCCACCUUUCUUAAAACAUAGACUCAAAAGAUAUGGGGAAAUUUUCCGAACAAAUGUGGCAGGUCGGGCUGUUAUUGUAUCAGCUGACCCUGAGUUCAACUAUUUUCUCCUUCAGCAACACGGCAAGUUGGUUGAGUCGUGGUCUUUGGACACAUAUGCAAAAGUUUUCGCACAAGACUCUAGGUUUGAUCGUGCUGAUGUCCAAAAAUAUGUGAGAAGCUUGGUCUUGAAUCACUUUGGUGCAGGAGCCAUCAGAGAGAAGCUUCUUCCUCAGUUUGAUGAAGUGGUUCGCGAAACUCUUUGUGCUUGGUCAAAGCAGGACUCACUUGAGAUGAAAAGCGCGGCUGCAAAAAUGACUCUAGACUUUGGAGCAAAGCAGCUAUUUAGCUAUGAAUCCGAAGAGUCACCUGUGAAGCUAAGUGACUUGUUCAGAAAUUUCGGACAAGGUCUAAUGUCCCUUCCCUUGAACAUCCCCGGUACUGCACACCAUAGAUGUUUAACUGUAAGUAGAUAA